AUGGCGAACAUCUUCCACAUCACGAGAAGAUCAAGAAGAUCAAUGAAAUCAAAGAGCCAUGAAGGGAAGGUAUCAGAUUCCAGUUCCAAUUUCGACAAUAACUUCUCAUGCAAGAAGCACACGAAACACAGACAGUCUCAUGGAGUCUGUUCCCUCUGUCUUACCGAGAGGCUCUCGAAGCUGUCUCUGGAGUACUACGACUACACUAAACCCGCAGCUAAAAUGGCGUCGUCUGGCUGCUCAUCAUCAACUUCUUCCACGUCGGUCUCGUCUUGUUACUCUUCUUCUUCAGUCUCUUCUUGUUCGUCUCCUUUGCAAUUUGGUUACAGAGCGAAGAAGAAGGAUGGGAAGAAACAAAGCUUUUUGUUCAGAUUAUUGCUCGGAUCCAUCGUAGAUUAA